AUGGCGACGAGAGAAGAAGUGACUAGGGAGAAAGAGGAUAAGGGAGUUGCAGCGAACGAGGAAGAAGACGAUGAGCAUGACUCAAAGGAAAGGGUUCUACAAAGAUACUUUCUCCAAGAGUGGAAACUGGUGAAAUCUCUCCUCGAUGACAUUGUUUCCAAUGGCCGUGUCUCAGAUCCCACAUCCGUUCACAAGAUCCGUUCCAUUAUGGAUAAGUAUCAAGAACAAGGCCAAUUGCUAGAACCCUACUUGGAAAGCAUGGUUUCGCCUUUAAUGUUCAUCAUCCGAUCUAAAACAGUCGAACUAGGCAUCAAUUCCGAUGAGAUUCUCCAAAUAAUCAAGCCUAUAUCUAUCAUUAUUUAUUCUCUUGUAACCGUUUCCGGUUACAAAUCCGUUAUCAAGUUCUUUCCACAUCAAGUUUCCGAUCUAGAAAUCGCUGUUUUCUCUCCUGGAAAAAUGCCACAACACAUCAUCCGUCACGUCAUUGCGGCAAGAAACAUUGCGAAUAGCAUUGGUAGCACCGGUGAGGAUGAGUUGGCUCCUUUGGUGUUGAGAAUAAUAGGGUUUUCUAAAGAUUACCUUUCCAAUGCCGGCCCGAUGCGUACUAUGGCAGGAUUAGUCUUCUCAAAGCUCCUAACACGGCCGGAUAUGCCUAAGGCUUUGGCCAGCUUUAUUGAAUGGACUCAUGAAGUUUUAUCUUCGUCAGUGGAUGAUGUUGUAAGUCAUUUUCAGUCGAUAGGUGCUGUAGAAGCCCUUGCUGCCAUUUUUAAGGCUGGCAGCAGGAAAGUGUUGGUGGAUGUUGUUCCUACCAUUUGGAACGAUGUCUCCCUUUUGAUCAAGUCAGGUACUGCUGCUAGGAGUCCUUUGCUUCGCAAGCAUUUGGUAAAGUUAACUCAAAGAAUUGGACUUACUUGCCUCCCUCAUCGUUCACCAACCUGGCGUUAUGUGGGAAGAACCAGCUCACUUGGAGAGAAUAUUUCUUUGAAUGCAUCCAACAAGAAUGAUCAAUUAAACCAUGGUCUGGUUCUAGAGAACUCCAAAUCAGAAGAAAAUUCCAACUGUCCUCAAGAUGAAGAUCUGGAUGUUCCAGAUAUUCUGGAAGAGAUAAUUGAGGUGUUGCUUUCUGGAUUGAGAGACACGGACACUGUUGUACGUUGGUCUGCUGCGAAAGGUAUAGGCCGUGUAACUUCACGUUUAACAUCUGUGCUCUCAGAAGAGGUCUUGUCAUCUGUGUUGGAGCUGUUUACACCUGGUGAGGGAGAUGGUUCAUGGCAUGGAGGUUGCUUAGCAUUGGCUGAACUGGCAAGGAGAGGGUUGCUCUUACCUACCAGUCUCUCCAAAGUCGUACCUGUUGUUGUAAAGGCAUUACAUUAUGAUGUUCGAAGAGGUCCACAUAGUGUUGGAUCUCAUGUACGAGAUGCUGCUGCCUAUGUUUGUUGGGCAUUUGGUCGUGCGUAUUAUCAUACAGAUAUGAGAAAUGUAUUGGAUCAGCUUGCUCCCGACCUAUUAAGUGUGGCGUGCUACGAUCGUGAGGUUAACUGUAGAAGAGCUGCUGCAGCUGCUUUUCAGGAGAAUGUUGGAAGACAAGGAAAUUACCCACAUGGCAUUGAUAUAGUGAAUACUGCUGAUUACUUUUCGCUUUCGUCACGAGUGAACUCUUACAUUCAUGUUGCUGUCUGUAUUGUUCAAUAUGAAGGGUAUCUUCAUCCAUUUGUGGAUGAGCUUCUGCAUAACAAGAUCUGUCACUGGAUAAAAAGAAAGAAGUUUUUGGUAUGUUCUGCUAUUGAGAAAGCACGCCUUUAUCGGGGGAAGGGUGGAGAAAUAAUGCGGGCAGCUGUUUCCCGGUUUAUUGAAUGCAUCUCAUUCUCUCAACUACCUUUGCCAGAGAAAGUAAAACGAAGUUUGAUUGAUACCCUUAACGAGAAUUUGAGACACCCUAACUCUCAGAUACAGACUGCAGCUGUGAAAGCCCUAAAACACUUUGUACAAGCAUACCUUGUUGCUACAGAUAAUAAAGGUGCCAUUGAUAUAACAUUGAAGUACCUGCAACUCCUGGAUGAUUCAAAUGUGGCUGCAAGAAGAGGAUCUGCAAUGGCAUUGGGUGUUUUAUCCUACAAAUUGUUGGUUAAUCAUUGGAGGGAUGUGAUUUUGAAGCUUUGCAGCUCUUGUGCAAUUGAGGAUAACCCUGAGGAUAGAGAUGCUGAGCACGGGCAAGAGAAAAUUCUGAUAUCCAUUCUGGAGAGGAUGACAUGUCUCUUUCAUCUCAUCAAGAAUGACGUGAUGGUUAGUUUGUUUAAAGCUCUUGAUGACUAUUCUGUAGAUAACAGAGGUGAUGUGGGUUCUUGGGUUCGUGAGGCCGCUAUGGAAGGCCUUGAAAAAUGCACAUAUAUCCUUUGUAAGAGAGGUUCCACGAACUAUACCACGAAACCAGACAUGCUUGAAUCUGUGUCAAAGCUGCCUAAUAGCAAUGUUGAUGAAGAGAAUCAAAUGUGCCCAUUUUUUGACAUAAAUAUUGCUACCAAUUUGUGGGGGGGAUCGCAAAGCAAGCUGUAG